UGAUAUAUUUAUGGUGACAUAAAGUUAUUUCAAAGUAUUGCGAAUAGUUAAGAAGUUUUAGGUAAAGCUCUUUUAAAUCUAUAAUGUCACUUAAGCGUAAAUUAACAGCAAUUGGAUAUGAAGGAACAAUUAAUUGUGAUGAUGAAAACGACUUUUGUAAGAUUAUUAUUUGGUUAGAAAGAAAUAGAAUAAAGUUUUAUUCUAAUGAAGACAAGAAAGCCUUGGAUAAUGUUAAUGCUAGUAAUUGGUCAACAUUUUAUGACAAAUAUGCAAAAGAUUUGGAAUGUCCAAUGGAAAGGAAUCCUCCAGAAGCUUGCCUUGAUUGGUAUUUAGGAUAUGCUAUAAAAUUGGAAUACAUUAAAAACAAGAAUGUGUAUGAUAAACAUUCAUUUGAAAAUGAAAAGGUUGAAAAUGCUCCCAAAGUUGUUCCAGACAAUCCAUUAGAUGCACUUGAUUUUACAUCAAGGGAAUUCCAGGAAGGAGUGCAGAAAUUGGCAAACAUAUUAAAAAUUCCUCCACAUCCUAGUCCAUUAAUUAUGCUGGAGGCUUGCACUAAAAUAAUACAAACUCGUUUAAAUCCUAAAGCAAUUGAAAACCCUAGUGAAUAUAUUAUCACUGGAACUCCUUACCCCUAUAAGGAUAUGAGUUUAGGCUUUGAACUAAAGGAUCGUGAAGUGGAUGAAGCUGCAAAGGUUCUUCGUCUAUUAUUUAUACAAGAUCAAAGAGAUCUGCAAACAAAAGUCAAUGAAUGCAUUGUUGCUGUGCAAUCAAUCACAGCAAAUCCAAAAACUGAUACUCGUUUGGGUAAAGUGGGAAAGUAAACAUAUUUAUUUUAUAUAAAAAAAUAUCUAAUUCUUAUAACUUAUAAUCACUGAUGCUUGUUUGGACUCUCCCGAAAUGGAGAUUUAUUAAAUACUUCUCCCAUGCCAAGGGCAGCUGAUCCUAUGGUAUAAC